AUGUUUUCAUUUGGAUCCACUCUCAUCGACAUUGAAUGUCAAGAAGUGGCCAAUCUGGUGGAUCAAGUCCUCCGUACUGAACCAGAGCAGCUACAACUCCGAAGCAGAAAAUUGAGUGAAUUUCUGGAAGAGGAUGACGAUUCCGAGUUGAAGAAGGCAAUCUCUGUACAGUACGGAAAUGUUUGUGAUUUAGCCAAGAGAUGGAUUUAUGAUGAUCAAAAGAACAAGAAGAAGAAUCAACAACAAUACUCAACUGCUGCUCAUCAUGAUGUGCUAGAUAUCAAACUUCUCUCAUUGUUAGAUGAAAAUAUCAAAUAUGAUAUCAUGGAAUACAUUCCCACUUAUUCUCGUUGGUCCUCUCUCGAACGUAAUGAUCAGUUCAUGGAUGAAAUUGGAGUUCCAUACCGAACCAAUCGUAAUGAUCAUAACAGCGUUCAGGAUCAUGAUGGAAAAAGUAAGGCUUUCAAUCGUCGCAUGAUGACAAGUAUCUUACAAGUACGAGAAAUUAUUUUGAACAUUUCUGACAAGGACUCGACCAUAUGGGCCAUGAAUUACUUCCUCUCGUUUCUCCGCAAACAGAGAUUAUUCAAAGAAAGUCAUGGAAAACUUCCCUUGUCUGAAGACAGUAUCUAUUUGUAUAGCGAGGAUGUUGAACAAUUGAAAAUACUAAAAAGUAGUAGUAGUAGUACCACGACAGCCACCAACGAGAGUGAUGGAGCUACACCUUUUGGAAAACCCAUCUUUGGAAAAAGUGCAGCAACGUCAGACGAUCAAAAUUUGGAACCUGAGACGCCAAUUGAUUCCAGCUCAUCACCUGUUGACAUCUUUUCAGAGAGCCACACAUCGUUGUUGAGCCUCAAAGGUAUUCGUCAGAAACGUACCACGAAAACUAGCUCACCAUUUACUUUUAUGAGCCCAACUGAGCAUUAUGGAAAUGUCCAUCCUGUUGCUCAUGUCUCAUGGACUGCACCAUAUUUGGAUGAGUAUCAAUAUCUCCCUAUUGAAGAGUUUAUUGGAAACAACACCACCAUUGAGAGAUUGGUAUUGCUUCAGGAAAUGUCAGAGUUUUUGCUCCAUGUCGUCCUUAAACAAUGUAAGAGACUCAAAAAGUUGGAUUUAUUAUGUCCUUGUAAACUUCCAGAUUCUUUUUCCAAUCAGACUCUUGAAGAAAUAACUACCAUGAAAUCGAGCUAUAUCACCAAUGAGCAGUGUAUUAACUUGUCUAGCCUUAAAAAGAUCAUCAAAUUCAGGACGGGACAUGAGGUUUUUAACUUUAGUACAGCACCACUCUCCGAUAUUGACCAAAUCAUAGAGGAACGAAACCCAUGGCAGAUCAUUGAAUAUUUGACUGAAUUUCAUCCUUCGAUGAGAAUGAUUCUUAUUGAAUAUUUAUUCAGCUACAAUCCAUCUAUCUCUGCAUUUGGUGCGUACAAUGAUCGAUUAGUAUGUGGACUUUUUCAAACACAACUCUCGAAUAUUGGACAUGCUAAAGAGGUUCUCGACUACAUGAUUAAGACGUGUAAUUUUCCAUGUGAAAACGUAAUGUCAACAACUAUUGAGCCACACACUGACACUUGCCAAUGUUUACUGCAAUAUCUUGUGUAUUUAUGCAACGAGUAUCAACACGGAAGAUUUUUUAACAUUUCAAAUUCUAUGAACAUGUCGAACAUCAAGACCAUGAUGUUGGCCAUGGAUUAUGGUUGGCAUUUUUGGAAACAACAACUAGAGCUUCCAUUCUUUGUUUGUGAUAAUAAGAAGCCACGUGUGUUGCUUUCUAAGGUACUCGAGAUUGUACAUUCUCAAUUCGACGAACAGAUGUUAUUAUCACUAUUGGUAGCAUAUUUACGUGGAUCCAAAUUUUCGGAACUAGAGAGCCUUAUUUCUUUCUUUUUAAUUCACAACAUGGAUCUCUUAACUAAAACAGUGAUUAGAAAAGUCAAAUGUAGCACGUCAUUUGGUAAGGAGGACAUUUGGACAUUCCCUUGA